CUUCCUCCUGGCUUCCGCCCACGUUGCAAUUGGGCCUCAUCUAUCUUUCAUUUCAGAACAAUUGAUCGGCAGGUAAGUGGUACCUAUUCUAUCAAUUGACUACUCUAGCUAGCUAGUCUAUCUUGAUCAUUAUCGCGAUUUGCAACGAAGAAAGAAAGGAGAUAUCCAGUUUUGCAAACAACAAGAAGAUGAAGACAGAUCGGCAUCAGUCGUCGAUUUGGGCAGCCCUGCUGUUGGCUGGCAGUAUUUUGUCCAGCGCAAGUGCCUUUACUGCCACCAAGACACCGACAUCACUCAAGACGGCAUCACUGAGGCCAUCACUGAUUUCCAGCAGUCGACUGUUUGUGGCCACGGAACAAGAAGUGGACGGAUCCGCAUCCAGCAGCACUUCUACCAGUACCCUUUACUCCCCCCCUGGCACUAGCAAUGCGUGGGAAAUCCACAAAUUUGGAGGAGCCUCCUUGGCCACUGCCGAGCUGUACAAGACGGUCGGAGAUUUGCUGUGUCAAGAAGCCCAGGGACGUGGGGAGGGUGUCAUUCCCACCAUGGCCGUCGUCUCGGCCAAGGGUGGCAUGACCGAUUUGCUCGUGCAAGUGGUCGAUGGUGCCCUCUUGGAUAUGAAUCGAGCCGAAGUGGCCUUAUCGGAAGCUGUCACCAGUCAAAUUGCUGUAUUGCAAGAAUUGGUCCCAAAUCGUCACGAUAUCACCGAACCUAUCAUUGAAAACUUUCGUCAAGAUGAAAAGGAUAUCCUCAGUGUGGUACAGUCCCUUCGCAUGAUCCAAACGGUCCCCGCCGUCACCAUGGAAGUCGUCACGGGAUAUGGAGAAAUUUGGUCGGCUCAGACCCUACACGCCUAUGUGCAAUCCCUCGAUACAGUUCCUACAGCUUGGAUUGAUGCCCGUGAUGUCCUCGUCGUCAAGGGGGAUAGCAACAUGGGGUUGGGAGAAAAGGGUGCCGCAAGCACUGGUGGAGUGGUACCCCUGUGGGAAGAAACUACGCAGAAAUUGGAACAAUGGUGGCAAGAGAAACAACCUAAGCCUUUGCCAGAUUCCUCACCCAUUGUCAUUGUCACUGGAUUUGUCGCCAAGACUGCCGAAAACGUACCCACAACCUUGAAACGAUCCGGAUCCGAUUAUUCUGCCACCAUCUUUGCCAAGCUCACGGAUGCUGCUCGUGUGACCAUGUGGAAGAAUACCAAUGGUGUUUACACUGCCGAUCCUCGUCGUGUUCCAGAAGCAUUCCCCAUUAGCUCUCUCAAAUACGAUGAAGCCAUGGAACUGGCCUAUUUUGGUGCGCAAGUGCUGCAUCCAUCCGCCAUGGAGCCAUGCAUUGAUAAGGAAAUUCCGGUCUAUGUACGGAACAUUUUCAACCCCGCCUUUGAAGGGACAGUCAUUCGAGGACGGUGUCCCACACUCAAGGAAAGCAACGAGAAGAAAAAUGCCAUUAUGAACUGGAGAGCCAGCAGUGGCGAAAUUCCCAUCAAGGGAAUCACGUCAGUGGACAAGGUUGCCUUGGUUACGCUGGAGGGCGCUACCAUGGCAGGUGCCAGUGUCGCCGCUCGUUUCUUGGGCGCCAUGGCUAGUGCCGACGUGACCGUCUUGAUCAUCACUCAGGCCAGCAGCGAGUCUUCCAUCACUGUUGCGGUGCCGGAAAGUCAGGGCGAAUUGGCACUGGCUGCAUUGAAGGACGCGUUUGAACUCGAACUAGCCAGAGAAAACAUCAAUUCCUUGUCGCUGACUCCAGACAUGUCCAUUGUCGCCAUUGUCGGAGAAGGCAUGGCCUUGAAAUCCGGUGUUUCGUCGACAUUCAUGACGUCGUUGGCCCGUGCUAAUGUCAAUAUUCGGUUGAUUGCGCAAGGAAGUAGUGAACGGCAGAUUGCGGUCGUUGUGGAGAAGGACGAUGCCACACGUGCCUUGCGUGCCGCUCACAUGGCAUUUACCUUGUCCGAGACUACUGCUAGCGUCGCUAUUCUGGGUAGUACAGGACUCGUUGGAACUGCCUUGGCCAGUCAAAUUCAAGGACAGCGAGAAAUGCUCAAUCAGGAAUUGGGAAUCGACCUUUGCGUCACUUGUGCCUCCUGCAGCACCAAAAUGGUUUCCGCCAAAGAUUCUCGAGGAUUGGAUCUCAGUGAAGUGUCGGAUCUGUUGAAGAGCGACGAAGAAGGACAAGAGUUCGACUUUGACGAAGUCACCAAGAUUAUGGAGGCAGACGUCAAUCCACUUCGUAUCAUUGUUGACUGCACCAAUACAGAAAAAGCGGGAGAAUACUACGAACGGUGGUUGUCGAAGGGUAUCCACAUUGUCAGUCCGGGUCGUAAGGUUGGCUCCGGAGACCUGGAUCUGUACAACAAGAUCUGCGCCGCCCAAAAAGGACAUGCAGUGGAAUGGUAUACCGAAAGUAGCGUUGGGUCCGCUCUUCCCGUUAUCAGCACUAUCCGAGAUUUGUUUGAAACGGGAGACCGCCUCAACAAAGUAACUGGAUGCCUGAGUGGAACCAUGGCCUUUGUCUUUAGUACGUUCGAUGAAUCCUUGUCCUUCUCUGAGGCUUUGUCCAUGGCCGCAGAGAAGGGCUAUACAGAAAAUGAUUUGUGCGAGGAUUUGAGCGGACAAGACAUGGCGCGAAAGGUUGUAAUUUUGGCCCGACAGAUUGGUUUGGAUGUUUCCUUGGAUGACGUGGAGUUGGAGUCUUUACUGCCUGAUACAUUCAGCUGUGCCAUGGACACUGACGCCCUCUUGGAGGAUUGCAAAUCAUUGGAUAAGCCAAUGUUGGACAGGUUCAAGGCUGCGCAGGAAAAGGGCUGCAAGCUACGCUACAAGUUCGAGAUUGAUUGUGGAACUGGCAAAUGCAAAUGUCAGCUGUUAGAAAUUCCAAAUACGGAAGCUCUCUUCCGUCUCAAGAGGAACGAGAAUCUUGUCGCCUUUGACACAAAGCGUUACGAGACAUCCCCGCUGAUUGUGAAGGGUGCUGCCGCUGGACCCGAGUUAGCAGCUUCCGGUAUCUUUGCCGACUUGCUGCGUCUCACGCGGGCCUAUUCGGCAAAUCAGAUCUAAUCUUUUGGUUUAGCUACGGAUGCUGUUGCAGUUUUAUUUGUAAUCUAGCUAGAUGCUUGUAGCACUGUUCGCCAUACUGGUCUCCUGUCGGAAUAUGCAGAUUCAGUACGUUUCUACAAAGCAGCCUCCCCUUUGUCGGUUGUGAGCCGGAGGUGAUUGGUCUUGCUCUCUCUCUCUCUCUCUCUCUUGGCGGCUUCAAACCAAUCAAGGAUUCAAGAGGUCGCCUUGCCAAAGAAUGUUGCAGUUUGCCUUUUUCUGGAACUCCAACACAUCCUUCUUGAGGGCCUCGCCGGCAGUCCCAUAAUGGCCAGGAACUGAUAACGCCUGGAUAUCAGUGGCAAGACAGACAGGCCCAUGAAUUUGUACCUCCUUGUAUGUAGUGCAGGUGGACCGAGUGCCACCAACUCUAGUUGACUUGCAAACAUUCACUACAGCUGAUAGGUCGUUGUCUAUCAU